UACGCCGGACACACACCCGCACACACGCAUAGCAGCUGCUGUCUGGAACUCACUCUAUCUCGUUCAUUGAUGUGUUAACCUACUCUGUGCCCGACAUGCUAGUGGGAAGGGACACUUCUCCACCCGGAAGGGAAUUAAAUGACCAACAUGCGUAGAUUUGGAAUAAACACAUCCGACACGCAUCCAGCUGCUGCCGCCGCCGCCGCUGCUAGCUCGCUAGGUAGCUAGCUGCCGUAGCUCCUCGGUGGGAAGCAGAGCUAACCGUGGCUAGCAGCGGUUCACCUCCAAGACGUGGAAGUUGUGCAUUAACGGGACCUGGCUUGACUGCUCAGCCAGCUAGUAGCUUGUUGUUUGUUGGUGCGUGUGUGUUUACGUGAAGGGAAAAACAUGGAGCUGUUUCAAGCCAAGGACGAGUACAUUCUCCAGAGCGGGGACCGGGCUCUGUGGUGCAGCCGAAAAGAUGGGACCAUGGCGCUGAGACCUGCCACAGACCUGCUGUUGGCUUGGAAUCCAGUGUGUCUGGGUUUGGUGGAAGGUGUCAUUGGAAAGAUACAGCUUCACACAGAUCUUCCUCUUGGCCUCGUACUAAUCCGCCAGAAAGCGCUGGUGGGCCAUUUACCCGGCAACCACAAAGUCUACAAGAUCACCAAGAUAGCUGUCAUUCCUCUGUCUGACGAAGAGCCCCAGGAGCUGGAGCUGGAGCUGUGCAAGAAGCAUCACUUUGGAAUCGACAAACCAGAGAGACUGGCCCCGUCUCCCGACGAGUCAAAGUUUCUGAUGAAAACCUUGAGUCAGAUCAAGUCUAAUGUGGCUGUGCCCAUCAAGAAAAAGUAUUCCCCUGCCUUCCAGGUGAAGGAGAACAAAGAGAAGGAGCGACUGGAGAGGCGGCUGCUGGAUGAGCUGUACAAGGUGUUCAUGGACUCCGACUCCUUCUACUACAGCGUGACCUACGACCUGACAAACACAGUGCAGCGUCAAGGAGACUCCGAAAAGACCGGCUUACCCCUAUGGAAACAGGUGGAUGACCGUUUCUUCUGGAAUAAACACAUGAUCCAGGACCUUAUUGACCUUCAGGUCCCAGAGAUCGACUUCUGGGUGAUACCAAUCAUCCAGGGAUUUGUACAAGUGGAGGAACUGGUGGUGAACUACAAUGAGACAUCAGACGAGGAGAGGAGCAGCCCUGAGACACCGCCACAGGAGGUCACCUGUGUUGAUGACAUCCAUCCUCGCUUCACUGUGGCACUGAUCUCCAGACGUAGCCGCCACCGUGCAGGGAUGCGGUACAAACGCAGGGGAGUGGAUACAGAUGGCCAUGUGGCUAAUUAUGUGGAGACAGAGCAGUUGAUCCACGUGCACAGUCACACUCUGUCCUUUGUGCAGUCUCGUGGCUCUGUGCCUCUCUUCUGGAGCCAGGCCGGGUACCGCUACAAUCCCCGGCCACGCUUAGAGAAAGGAGAGAAGGAGACUAUGUCUUACUUUGCCGAUCACUUUGAAGAGCAGCUUAAACUCUACCAGAAACAGGUUAUUAUUAACUUAGUGGAUCAAACUGGACGAGAGAAGGUGAUUGGGGACGGGUAUCUAAAGCAAGUCCUGCUCUACAACAACCCAAACCUCACAUAUGUUUCAUUUGACUUCCAUGAGCACUGCCGGGGCAUGAGGUUUGAGAAUGUGCAAAUACUGACCGAUGCAAUUUCUGAUCUCAUCACUGACAUGAAAUGGGCCUGGGUCGACCAAGCAGGAGUCAUCUGCAAGCAGGAGGGAAUCUUCCGAGUCAACUGCAUGGACUGUCUGGACCGGACCAAUGUUGUUCAGGCGGCCAUUGCUCGGGCAGUGAUGGAACAACAGCUGAAGAAACUGGGUGUGAUGCCUCCAGAGCAGCCUCUACCUGUCAAGUGCUACAGGAUUUAUCAGAUCAUGUGGGCCAACAAUGGAGACACCAUCAGCAGACAGUACGCGGGAACAGCAGCGCUCAAGGGAGAUUUCACCAGGACCGGGGAGAGAAAACUGGCUGGCGUGAUGAAGGAUGGCGUGAACUCAGCCAACCGCUACUAUCUGAACCGUUUCAGGGAUGCUUACAGACAAGCUGUCAUUGACCUAAUGAUGGGCCUGCCAGUGACCGAGGACUUGUACUCCAUCUUCAGUAAAGAGAAGGAGCAUGAGGAGAAAGAGCAAGAGAGCCAAAGAGGAGCUCAGGAGCAGGUCAGCCUCCUGCUGCAGACCUACAUGCAGCUUCUUCUGCCAGAUGAUGAGAAGUUUCAUGGUGGUUGGGCUCUCAUCAACUGUGACAUGAGCCUCAUCGAUGCGAACAACAAAGAUGUGGAUGUGCUGCUGCUUCUGUCUGACAAAGCCUACUACAUUGCUUAUUAUGACGAAGAAGCAGAUAAAGUCAACCAAUACCAGCGCCUGAAUUUAGAGGGUUUGGAAAAGAUUGAAAUUGGUCCGGAGCCUACUCUGUUUGGGAAGCCAAAGUUCUGCUGUAUGCGUUUGCAUUUCAGGAAUGAAGAGUCGAGUGGAUACUUCCACACGCUGAGGGCAGCGGCACGAAAUCCUGAGGAUGAUGGAAAAGAUACAUUGCAAUGCAUAGCUGAGAUGCUGCGCAUAACAAAACAGGCCACAGGGUUGGACAUGCUAGUGGUUGAAAAGAAGCUUGAGAGGCGACAGAGUCGACCUCAUGAGGAUAUAAUGGGGAUCCAGAACAAACCAGCUGAUCAGGUCCAGGGUAGCUCGGGUUUGGCACAAGGCAAAAGUUUCCUCCUGAACAAAUUCUCCUCUCUCAAUCAGAAAGUCAAACAGACCAAGACAAAUGUAAACAUUGGCAACUUCAAGCCCCUCGGAAAGCUGGGCACUUUCUCGAAGCCUGACGUAAAAGUCAAUUUCCUAAAACCAAAUAUGCAUGUCAACCUGUGGAAGUCGGACAGCAGUUUGGAAACAUCAGAUAACAACCCUAGCAAAGACAUCGCAGACGAGCACUCUGAAAUCUCAGAUGACUCAGACUCCUAUAACUCUGACCCAGAGCACCCGUGUUCUGGUUCCUUAGAAAACGUGGACUAUGUUCUGCCCAGCUGUGGCAUUGUAGCAUCAAACCCGAGACUGGGCAGCCGCUCCCAGUCUAUAGGUAGCGUGGAGCUAAAUAUCCCCUCUGUUAUCCGGGUCACUGGCUGUGAGGGAACGCAGGAAAGCUCCUCUCAAUUAAGCGACGACAAGUCUCCAGGUUCCGCCUCAGUGGCUGAAGAAGCCAUCUUGAUUGACUUCGGUACUCCCAUUGAUGCCUACUGCCACCAGUUUGUCCAGGAUGCACAGACCAAACCCGUCGAGGUGUUUGGAGAGAAUCCACCAGCUUCUGCACCAAACUGUCCUAAAAACAACCCAGCAAACUCAGACAAACAGCCAGGCUCCGAGCCGCCCGUUCAGGAGGAAGAGCCCCAGCUCCCGAGGCCAUCUCAGCUAGACGUCCAGUCCACUACCUCCAAUUCCAACCUCCUCACCGUCCAGAAGCCCAGCUCAGCGGCCUCAGGCGGCUCUCAGAGGAGUCUGUGCUCACAGUUGGAAGGAAGCCUCGGCCCUUCGCCUGCAGACAGCAACGGCAGCCGAGUGGUGUCCCCCUUUGCCAAGAUCAAGAGCUCCAUGGUCCAGGUGGCCAGCCUCACCCAGGCGGGACUCACCCAAGGCAUCAACUUUGCUGUGGCAAAGGUGCAGAAGAGCCCCGAGCCAGAUGCUGUAAACGAGGCCCAGGAGAACGAGCUGAAGGCAAUGUUUACACAGUGCCAGACCAGGAUCAUUCAGAUCUAGUGCUUUCCUUGUAGCAGUACGACAUAUUGAUACUUCCUCUAUGGUAGUAGUAGCAAAGCUUGCACAUAGCGUCACUACUCAGUCAAGAGCUGCACUCUUAAACUUACCCUUUAGUUUAAAAUGCCCACAAUAAUGAUGACUCUUGUACAGCAUUAACAAUUUACAGAGAUAUACAUACACUCCACAUGACAGUGACCAUGUUUGCAGGUACAUAAAUAUGGAUUCUCGUUAAGCUCUUGUCUCCUUGUAGUGGAAUCUUACACAUGAUGUAAAUGUCUCAGUGUAAGUAUCUAGAAGCUAAGCUGGGUAUAACAUUGCAUAAAGUAAAUAGUAAAAUAUUUGGGAAGUGUUAUAAUUCCCAUUUGUCAGUAAAACAAAGUUAUGCAAGUAACAUGUUAUUAAAAUUAGUGCAUAUGCAAAAUCCUAACUCAUUGGAGAAAUAAUAAGAAACACUUAAGGUUUUUAAGAUGUUUUAAACUGAUGUACUUGCAGAGUCAUACCUAUUCUGUUUUUGUGCAUGUAAACAUGUCACUGUCUGUAACUUUACGUGGUCACGCACAAUGCUUGUGCAUGUGAGGUGAACGGUAGCAACUGAUUUUGACAGCGCAGGCAAACAUCAGCUGCAUGUUGAGCGACCAACUCUGACAAGCACUGUACAUUCAUCCAGUACGUGCAGGUCGCUUGUUGGCGAUUGUUAUAUAGACCUCGUCACACACGCGAUUUGCAGCAGUCGCUGUUAAAUCCGACCAAAUAUCUUUGUGUGGUUCCCAAAGGAAAACUCUGUGUAAACUGUAACCCUUUGUAUAGCUGUCAGAAACUAGCCAGACGACAUUCUGUACGUAGUUAUCCUAUGUAAUACCAAUGUUGUCAAGUGUAACUUACAAGAUAUACCAUUAUAGAAAUAAUAACUACACAAGCCCUUAGUAAGUAAGAGUGUUCUGGUUAAUGAUAUGUACAGUGAAUAUUGUAUGUUUAACUGUUCCCUCGGUAGAGCCCCUUCCCUUAAGCUUUUUGUACAUGUUAGGGGGGCAGCUUCACAUAUUCAGAGAGUUACAAGCAUUAUAUUUUGAAAAGAACGCUCAGUACUGUCAUCGCUAACCACAAGUAACCAGAAACCUGCUGGUUGGAGUUGUUUUUGAUAGAUUGAUAUAUUGAAAGAACUAUUCUGAAAAUGGUUGUAUAGAUUCAUGAGGGUGUGUUUGAACCGAGUCCUCAGCCACCGUUGUAAACUGACGUUGCAUAUUUUGGAAAAGAGACAGGAGGGUAGCAUAUAGUAAUAUAGGUAAUAGAUGCACCCAAUUAUUAGAAACACUGACGCUUAUGCACUCCUCCGAACUGAGAGCAUAUUUGCCUUAACAGGGAAUAUAAGCAAGAUAUGUAUAUCAGGUAUUUAUGGCAAAAUCUACCUUUUUAAAUCCAUUCUUACAUGUUACAUUUUGGUGUACUGUAUAAAUCCUCAUCUUCAGGGUUACUGUAAGUCAUCCAAUCUUAAUCUUGGGAUAUUUCAUCCGCUGGCUCAUGUGUUCUCCACGAGCGGGUUUAAGAGAUGUUUGUAUGAGUGCGUAUAGCCUUUAAAGUGUGUGAGUGUGUGUGUUUGAGCCUCCCUGCUGCUGCUGGUGUUUAGGAUUGCUUGCCUUAGAGCUCUAGUUAUAUUUAUGUGCUAAGAACGGUGUAAACAUUGUUAUACAUUGUUGUAUUUUCACUAACUUCUAAAAGUGAAGUUACGCAUCUUUAGGAACCUGUUAAACUUUAAAGUUGUCCGAAUCUCAUGCUCCUCUUCAUCCCACCGUUGAGUAUAUUUUGUCAUUUUCUCAUAAAUGAUAGUUAAGGAGCAGAAAAAUCCCAACAUAACUGUUCAUGUUUCAUAUUUUGUGUUAUAUUUGCCUCUUCUCUGCAUUCGUCAUGCUCACCAGCAGAUAAGAUGUGGAACAAGUGUAUAUUUUAUUGGACUUUACUUGUGUUUAAGUGAGACCGUAGUGGGUGCUAGAUUAUAUAGUCAUUGAACCUGCUGAUAGUGCGUUGUGCUGCCAAAGCUUAAAGGUGAUGGCUGUAAUUCAAAGUUUUAACGCAGGGGGUAAAAGGUGUACUUAUUUUCCAACUUCCUUCAGGAAGCAAACACUGGAGUAGUUUAAGAUAUUCUGAACGGAACAGAGAUCCUCAACAUUCCUUAGAGACCACAAGGCCUCCGCGCUGGUGUUUAUAUGCAAAAGCUGACAUAGUUAAGAUUUAAUCCUGUAUUUGCUGGGUGAUAUUUUUGGUUCCUCAUACCAUUUGUUUGUUUUUAUACCAAGUGCUUUUCCAACCACCUCCUCAUUUGUCAUCUGUGGUUGUCCUCCCCUUCCGUUAGACCAUGACGUACUACCAUAUGACUAGAGGUCUUAAAGCAUUUGAUUUGCACUGUUUGAACACAUUUUCUAAGUGUUUGCACCAUUUCAUCAGAAUGUCUUUGGUCAUUGUCUUUCAUCUUUACCAACUGACUGUUGUCAUUGAUUUCCACAGUGUACUGAGAUUAAUUGUAUAUUAAAGUAUCCUAUUUAUUCUU